GAGAAAGAUUUCUCCUUGGACUCUCCUCGUGCUUAAAUGCUCCCUGGACCUUCCGAGCGUCUGUAUCCAGACAUCCGAGCCCACGUCAUCCUGGAUUCGCUGGAGUGUCUCUCAAGCUGCCCACAAUGCAUCAACCCCGCCCCACCCCAUUACCCCCCAGGAUGUGAGGACGUUAGUGGGGGAGAUGCUUGAAGUUCAUCGCAUCUGGCCGCCUGACUCAUCUCUACGAAGACCUGCAUUUGUUGGAAUCCAAGCGCUGACAUCUGCUUGAUUUUAGCAGCAACUUUUCCACUGGCAUGAUUGAGAGCUAACAAAAAUGGAGUCUCAAAAUUCACGUCUUCAGGAUGACCCCGAUGUCAGGGUGAUGAUGACAGGGUCCACUUUGAGGAAGGUCAAGUCCCGUAUGUGGAGCAAGCAAAGGCAUUUCCGACUCUUGGAGGACGGUUUGAGUGUCUGGUACAAGUCCAGGUGGCUGGGAAAAGGCCACACCACUUUCUCAGUGAGUGAGGUGGAGGCGGUGCGCGAGGGCCACCAAUCCGAGGUCUUGCAGAGCAUCACGGACGAGUUCCCAGCUGACCUCUGUUUCACCUUGGUAUUUCACGGUCGCCAAGGCAACCUGGACCUCGUGGCUGAGUCCGCGGAGGAGGCCCGAGCCUGGAUCCGGGGAUUGCGCAAACUCAUUCACAGGGCUAAAACCAUGGAUGAGAAGCAAAGACUGGAUCAGUGGGUCCAAGACUGGUUUCACAAGGCCGACAAAAACAACGACGGCAAGAUGAACUUCAAAGAAGUUCGGAAGCUGUUGAAGAUGAUGAACGUGGACAUGAAUGAGGAACACGCUCUCCAUCUUUUCACGAUGGCUGACCAAUCACAGUGUGGCUCCCUGGAACUGGAGCAGUUUGUCCUCUUCUACAAGAUGUUAACCCAGAGGGACGAAGUGUGGCGGGUGUUCCAGGACUACUCCGGAGAUGGCGAGACGUUAACGCUGGAGGAGCUGGAGAACUUCCUGAACGUCGAGCAACAGGAGGGAGAAGGAAGCGCUCAACAUGCCAGACAGCUGAUGGAGCACUAUGACCCAUCGGGAACAGCCAAGAAGCAAGGCACCAUGUCCCUGGACUGCUUCCAGAUGUACCUGUGUUCUCCGGAGGGCUCCAUAUUCAAACCCGAGUGUCUUGGUCUCUACCAGGACAUGAGCCAGCCGCUUAGCCACUACUUCAUCUCCUCCUCACACAACACCUACCUGAUGGAGGACCAGCUGCGAGGCCACAGCAGCCUGGAGGCGUACAUCCAGGCCCUAAAGAGAGGCUGUCGUUGUGUGGAGGUGGACUGCUGGGAUGGCAGCGACGGGGAGCCGGUGGUGUAUCACGGCCACACGCUCACCUCCAAGAUUCUCUUCAAGGACAUCAUUGCAACACUGAAAGAAUACGCCUUCACGACAUCCGACUUCCCGGUCAUCUUGUCCCUAGAGAAUCAUUGCAGUGUGGAGCAGCAGACAGUCAUGGCUCGCCACCUGAACAAGAUCUUGGGUGGCACAUUGCUAAGGAACACUUUAGAUGGGCACACUACCCCUCAGUCGCUCCCUUCCCCACAGGAGCUGAAAGGAAAGAUUUUGCUGAAAGCCAAGAAGAUUGGCGAUGCUGAGGGGUCGCUGGACAAAGUGCUGACAGAUGACAAGAGCGAUGAGGACGACCUGGCCAACGGUGAAGCCGUAGAAGAGUCCAAACUCUCACGGGAGCUAUCCGAUCUGGUGGUCUACUGCAAGAGCGUCCACUUCCGUGGUUUUAAAGACACCCCUUUACACACCAAAUGCAACGAGAUGUCCUCAUUUUCCGAGUCCAAAGCCAAGAGGCUCGCAAGGGACGCAGGGGCAGACUUUGUGCGGCAUAACGUAAAACAGCUCAGCAGGAUUUACCCUAGUGGCCUUAGGACUGAUUCCUCAAAUUAUAACCCCCAGGAAUUGUGGAAUGUGGGAUGUCAGAUAGUGGCUCUGAACUUCCAGACAGCGGGUCUGGAGAUGGACCUGAACGACGGGCUCUUCGGACAGAACGGUCGCUGCGGUUACGUGCUCAAACCGAGCUUCAUGAGAAACUACCACACAACAUUCAACCCGGAGAAACCCCAAGAACAUCCGGGCUACAGACCUCUGCGCUUAUCCAUCCAGGUGAUGAGUGGGCAACAGCUACCAAAGGUGAACCAGAAAGAAGGCUCCAUUGUAGACCCCUUGGUCAGAGUGGAGGUGUAUGGGGUACCGCAGGACCAGGCCAAGGAGGAAACCAGUCACAUCAACAACAAUGGAUUUAACCCUGUGUGGAAUCAGACUUUGAAUUUCAUCAUUCACACUCCCGAUCUGGCUAUGGUUCGCUUUGUGGUGGAAGAUUACGACAAGACCUCCAAAAACGACUUCAUCGGACAGUACUCAUUACCGUUUACGUGCAUCCAAUCAGGUUACCGUCACAUUCAUCUGCUCUCAAAAGACGGCACGGCCAUCCCCCCGGCGUCACUGUUUGUUAAUAUCAGUAUUUCAAAACCCACAUGAACUGCGUAAGAACCCUGUUUAGGUUUGGUUCUCAUUAACAUCAAC